AUGUAUCUCUCUCUCUCACGCUUCCACUGGCAUCACAUUUUCGGGCUCGUUAUAUGGCCCCUUUGGAUUCCGCUAAGAUAUCCAUACGUGCCAGCGCAAAGAGAAACAGUGAUUCUCGCUUCUAUCUACGCCGUCAUUCAGGGACUCUGUAUUACGAUAGACACCGAGCUGGAUCCAUAUAACGCACGGAAGGGAUUCUGGUAUUCCCAUAUGGGAUGGCUUCUAGUUCGACAAGAUGAUAUCAUGAAGCAAUGGGACGUGGAUAUCUCUGAUCUAGAAAAUGACCCCGUUGUCGAAUGGCAGGACCGAUAUUACCUGCCUCUUUCGGUCUUCAUGACAUACAUCUUCCCGGCGCUAAUAGCUUGGGUUGGUUGGAGGGAUCUGCCUGGGGGCCUCUUUUGGGCUGGGACGGUGCGCAUGCAUGUCGGAUUGCAUUUGACAUUUUUGGUUAAUUCAGUCGCGCAUUGGGCUGGAAGCAGACCAUAUUCCUCACGAACCACAGCCCGGGAUAAUCCUAUGAUUGCGUUGCUAACGCUGGGUGAAAGUUAUCAUAAUUUCCAUCAUGAAUUUCCGACCGAUUAUCGGAAUGGGGUGGCUUGGUUUGAUAUAGACAUAUCGAAAUGGAUCAUCUGGUCAUUGGCCCAGGUUGGACUGGCAACCAACCUAAAUAAGGUCCCAAAUGAAGUCAUUCAAGCCUGUCGGCAGCCUAAAAGCCAGAGGCAGCAUGCUGAUCGCGAUGGUGGCGAUGAAAUUCGGGCGAUAGAUUGGGACGAAUAUGUUCGGCAAGCAGCGAGCGGUAGAGCCCUUGUGGCGAUUGCCGGUUUUGUCUAUGAUGUGACUGACUUCCUGGAUGCACACCCGGGAGGGAAGGUCUUGAGUAUGGGUAUCGGAAAGGACGCAACGGCCAUGUUUUACGGCGGUGUGUUUCAACACUCUGUGGCUGCGAGUAGCAUUCUGUCCACUAUGCAAGUAUAUGUAAUCCGGGGAGGGGCCCAAGUGGAAAUACUGAAAAAAGAAUAG